AUGUAUGUUGUUCCUCCUCCCCAGAGAUCCGAUCCGGCUUCAGGAUCCUCUGAUUUGCGUAUUUUCCAAGCUUGGAAAGGUUCUAACAAAUUUUUUCUUCAAGGUCGGUUCAUAUUUGGACCAGAUGCAAGAUCGUUAGCCCUGACCAUUUUUCUUAUCGUUGCUCCUGUUGUCGUAUUUUGUAUCUAUGUUGCUAGAAAAUUGAUAGAUGAUUAUUCUGAUCACUGGGGGAUAUCAAUAAUGGCAGUUGUUGUUGUCUUCACCAUUUAUAUCGUAGUUCUUCUCUUGUCAACAUCUGGCCGUGACCCUGGUAUAAUCCCGCGCAAUGCACAUCCUCCUGAGCCAGAAGGUCUUGAAGGUAGUUUAGAUGUCGGGGCUGGUCAAACUCCGCAAUUGCGGUUGCCUCGCAUCAAGGAGGUUGAGGUCAAUGGAAUUGUUGUUAAAGUUAAGUAUUGCGAUACUUGCAUGCUCUACAGGCCUCCUCGAUGCUCUCAUUGCUCAAUUUGCAACAACUGUGUGGAGAGGUUUGAUCACCAUUGCCCCUGGGUUGGGCAGUGCAUUGGACUGCGUAAUUAUCGGUUCUUCUUCAUGUUUGUCUUCUCAACGACGCUACUUUGUAUAUAUGUUUUCGCAUUUUGUUGGGUCUAUAUUAGAAGAAUUAUGAAGGCCGAGGAGACAACAAUUUGGAAGGCAAUGAUCAAAAGUCCAGCCUCCAUAGUCUUGAUAGUUUACUCCUUCAUAUGCAUGUGGUUUGUCGGUGGCCUGACCGCCUUUCAUUUAUAUCUCAUAAGUACAAAUCAGACUACGUAUGAGAACUUCAGAUACCGAUAUGAUCGACGAGCCAACCCAUAUAACAGAGGAGUGUUCGAUAAUUUCAAAGAGAUAUUCUUCACCAGCAUUCCACCGUCAAAGAAUAAUUUCAGGGCAAAGGUCCCAAUCGAACCAGUGUUACCUGCCCGAUCAGUGGGUGGAGGCUUUAUGAGUCCAAGUAUGGGAAAAGCUGUUGACGACAUAGAGAUGGGAAGGAAAACAGUCUGGGGUGACGUGGGUAGCAACAUCGAUCAUUGUGAAGGACAAUUAAACAAUCGCGUGGCUGUAAAGGAUGGAGAGUUUGGCGAGUUGUCUCCAGAAAUUAGGACAACAGUUGACGAGACGAGCGACCGUGUUGGAAUACAUCCUAGGCGAUCUAGCUGGGGAAGAAAAAGCGGAAGCUGGGAGAUGUCCCCUGAAGUUCUUGCUUUGGCAGCCAGGGUUGGAGAACCAAAUCGCGUUGGCGGAGGUAGCAGCAGUUUGAGCACUGAGAGCAGACAUACAUAG